AUGAGAAAACCACCAAGGAGAGGAGGAGGUGCGAUGGCAAUGGCGAUGGAGAAGUCUAGCUCAAAGUACAGAACACAGUUCUGGUACGUCGCAAUGGCUUCUUUCCUCCUCUGGCUUUUCUUGCUUUACCUUUUCAAUUCCUCGGCAACAACCGUUCACAACCACGAGAGAUUGUUCCGUCGAGAAAACGUCAUCGAUCUCGGCGUCGACGUUCCUAAACAACCUGAAUCCGAUCAAGCACCUCUUGUUACCUCCGUCGUCGCUGAUAACAACACUGCUCUUCCUCUCUCCACCGUUGAUUCUUCUCCGAAAGAUCUGAUUUCCGAAGACGCCAAGGUUGUGAAUGAUCUCGUUGAGGAACUUGAGAAAGAAACGGUAGAGAAUGAGAAGAAGAGUGGUGGUGAUGAUUCGGUUUCCAUCACUAAACCGAGGGAAGGACAUCGGGAUUCGCGAAAGGCGAGACUUGAAGAAGAUAUGAGAAGGGUUCGUCGUAGUAAUGAGGAUGAUGAGAGCAAUGUUGAUGAUAACAACGAUUUGGAGAUCAAGAAAUUGUCCAAUGACCUAGAAGAUGAUGAUCACACCUCUCAAGUAGUGUCCGAGCCAAAAACUCAAAGAAAUUUCGCAGCCAAUAACAGCAUUUCCGUGGCCAAGAACCGAGUAAGCUCAAGGAGAAGAGUCCCGAGAGUUAUAGCACGACCAAGAACGCGACGUAACGAUCCAUGCGCAGGCAAAUACGUGUACAUGCACGAUGUUCCAGCUUUGUUCAACGAAGAGCUUCUCAAGAACUGCUGGACGUUGAGUAGGUGGACGGAUAUGUGCGAGCUAACGUCGAAUUUCGGUUUAGGCCCUCGUCUACAGAACAUGGAAGGAGUCUCUGGUUGGUUUGCUACAAACCAGUUCACAUUGGAAGUGAUAUUCCACAACAGGAUGAAACAGUAUAAGUGCUUGACCAAAGACUCGUCUAUGGCUUCUGCGGUUUAUGUUCCUUACUAUCCCGGUUUAGACUUGAUGCGGUUUCUUUGGGGACCUUUCCCUUUCAUGAGAGAUGCUGCGGCUCUUGAUCUGAUGAAGUGGCUGAGGGAGAGCCCGGAGUGGAAGAGACUGGACGGCCGAGAUCAUUUCAUGGUCGCUGGUCGUACCACUUGGGACUUUAUGCGUACACCUGAGAAUGAAUCCGAUUGGGGUAACAGGUUAAUGAUCUUACCGGAGAUAAGAAACAUGACGAUGUUACUAAUCGAAUCAAGUCCAUGGAACUACCAUGGAUUCGCGGUUCCAUACCCGACUUACUUCCACCCUUCAAGCAACGCAGAGAUACUCCAAUGGCAGAGCAGAAUGAGAAGGAUCAAACGUCGUUACCUAUUCUCUUUCGUAGGUGCACCGCGUCCACAGCUCGGUGACAGCAUAAGAACAGAGAUCAUGGACCAAUGCAAAGCAUCAAGAAGGAAAUGCAAGCUUCUUGAAUGCGUUUCCGGUUCUCAAAAAUGCUACAAACCGGACCAGAUCAUGAAGUUCUUCUUGAGCUCAACGUUCUGUCUCCAACCUCCAGGAGACUCCUACACUCGCCGGUCCACUUUCGACUCCAUCUUAGCCGGUUGCAUACCGGUUUUCUUCCAUCCGGGAUCGGCUUACGCGCAGUACAUAUGGCAUUUACCGAAAGAUAUAGGGAGAUACUCAGUUUUUAUACCGGAGAAGAGUGUUAAAGAAGGUAAAGUGAGUAUAGAGAAGGUUUUGAGUCGGAUACCUAGAGGGAAAGUUAUGAAGAUGAGAGAAGAAGUAAUAAAGCUGAUACCGAGGCUGAUGUAUUUUAAUCCUUCGGGUAAGAGAGAAGACGCGGGGAGGUUUGUAGAUGCGUUUGAUGUUGCUGUGGAAGGAGUGUUGCAGAGAGUUGAGAGGUUGAGGAAGAGGAUAGAGGAAGGUUAUGAAGAGAUUUUUGAUUUUCCGGAGCAGUAUUCUUGGAAAUAUAAUGUGUUUGGGAAUGUUAAGAGGCAUGAGUGGGAUUCUUACUUCGAUAGGCCUUGA